UAAAACGAUAUUCCGGUUUGCAGAAGCAGUAGCAGCGGCGGCAGUAGCAGCAGCAUGGCAUCAGAUAGCACCAUGGACAACGUUAACGGCAGCGAGGCGGCCUCACUGAACGGGGAGCCGGUGGUGAAGCGGCCGCGGGAGGCUUCUCAGCUCGAGUCGUCGCUGCGCAUCCCCAAAGAGCCGCAGAACAAAGUGACCGUGGUGCUGGGUGCGCAGUGGGGCGACGAGGGGAAAGGAAAAGUUGUGGACUUGCUCGCAAUGGAUGCGGAUAUCGUGUGCAGGUGUCAGGGAGGAAACAAUGCAGGUCACACAGUGGUUGUGGACUCGGUGGAGUAUGACUUCCACUUGCUGCCCAGUGGAGUGCUCAACAAGAAGGCUGUCUCCUUUAUUGGAAAUGGAGUUGUGAUUCACCUUCCUGGUCUGUUUGAAGAGGCGGAGAAAAACCUGCAGAAAGGCAAAGGACUACAAGGUUGGGAGGAGAGAUUAAAGAUCUCGGAUCGUGCUCACAUCGUGUUCAACUUCCAUCAAUCUGCAGAUGGGAUCCAGGAGCAGCAGCGGCAGCAACAAGAAGGCAAAAAUUUGGGAACCACUAAAAAAGGCAUCGGCCCCGCCUACUCCUCCAAAGCUGCACGUAAUGGUCUGCGAAUCUGCGACCUCGUGUCAGAUUUCAAGGCCUUUGAGGACAAGUUUCGUGUGUUGGCAGAGCAUUUCCUGAACAUGUAUCCAAACCUUAAAAUUGACAUUGAUGGUGAACUGAAACAGCUAAAGGAAUAUGCUGAGAGACUGCGCCCUCUUGUGACGGAUGGUGUGUACUUCAUGCACAAAGCUCUUAAUGGACCCAGUAAGAAGAUCCUGGUGGAGGGAGCUAAUGCUGCUCUGCUGGAUAUUGACUUUGGGACGUAUCCUUUUGUGACGUCGUCCAACUGCACUGUGGGAGGAGUGUGCACUGGUCUUGGUGUGCCCCCAUCAUACGUCGGCCGAGUAUACGGUGUUGUCAAAGCCUACACAACCCGGGUGGGCGUUGGUGCUUUCCCAACAGAGCAGAAUAAUGAGACUGGGGACCUGUUACAGUCCAGAGGGAGGGAGUUUGGUGUGACAACAGGCAGGAGGAGGCGCUGUGGUUGGCUGGACCUGAUUUUGGUCAGAUACGCCCACAUGGUCAACGGCUUCUCUGCGAUUGCCUUGACGAAGUUGGACAUUUUGGACACUCUGCCUGAGAUUAAAGUUGGUGUGGCUUAUAAAGUUGAUGGAGAACCUCUGCCAAGUUUCCCUGCAAACAUGGACGUUUUGACGCGGGUUACCGUGGACUAUGAGACGCUGCCUGGCUGGUGCUGCAGCACGGAGGCAGCCCGCAGCUUCGAUGAGCUGCCGCCGCACGCUCAGAGUUACAUCCACUUCAUUGAGAACUUCCUGCAGUUGCCAGUGAAGUGGGUUGGAGUGGGCAAGUCCAGAGAGAGCAUGGUCAAACUGUUUUGAUCACACACCCGUAGUUCUCCUCCUCCUCAACGCCAUGAUAACUUCAGGUAUCAGUAGGAUUAUCAGAGGAGUUUAAACUAUACAGACUUUAUCCUAAAGUAAAGGACUAUCACCAGCAAGGCUAUUUGUCAAACCUUUAGUCGCUGCUUGUAUUUCACAUUUACAGUAAUUGUUCCCUAGGUAUAAUUUAUGCAUUCCACAAGUUUUCCAUGUGUUCAUUUUUAAAACCUGGUACAAAUGGAUCGGUCCCUCUUUAUUCCAUUACCCAGAAAAGCACACUGUUUAUUUUUUUAGCAUUUGGCAAAUACCCUUUACUGAAAUCUGUUCACAAUGCGAUUGUUUUUUUGUGGUUUUACAUACAGUAUAUUUGAAUAACGAUUAAAAACACCUUCAUAAUAGUUAAAGGAACAUCACAAUAAAGUGAGAGAUUAUUUUUAGAUUUUGUGAAGAGAUGUUGGAGGGAAUGAUUUGGAAACCACAAUAUGAUCAGUAUAAUUUUCUAUUGAACAGUUUUAAACUAUGAAGAAAAAUGCAUCUCACUUAGUGUUUGUAACAGUGCUUAGUGCUUUUAAAUCACUGUCAAGAAAUAAAUGAACUCAAAGGACAUUAUUUUCAUAACAGGACAGUAUUGGUUAGUGUUUAAAUGCAAAUAAAAACUCACCAAGACAUAUUACAAUAAUGACAUUUUGUUCCUUUUGUCAAUGAAGCAAAAAUACUCGUAUUCAGCUUGCAAUGAUCAAUGAAAAUAAACUUUAACGUGUAGUGUUUCAUGACUACAGUCAUUUUUACACGGUAAAUAUCUCUGCAUUAAAAAAAAAAAGGACGUUUUUGAGAAGGAAGUGUAAUUAAUCUGUCUCAGGUUUUAACACAAGUGUAAGGGAUUAAACCAGACUGCUUUAAUGACAGUGUUUUCUGCUCCUGAUGUUUAUCAUCAUUUUAAUAUUCUACUUUCAUUGUUGGUGUUUGUUAGUAAUAAAAAAAAAAGAAAGAAAAAAAGCUGGUGGUUGAUGGGAUGUACCUCUGGGAAAUCCAGUGGUGGUUUGUUAGAGACCAAAAAUCAUGAAUUAAUGAAUGAAUGUUCCACUCGUUCAUCAGGUGGCUGAGAUAUGGGACGAAAUGAUGCUAAUGUUUCUUCAUGUUUACUGGAUGUUUAAAUAGGCAAAGGGUAAUAAAAAGAUGUGUAAAUAAA